GGAUAUCAUUAGUGAGCGCUGGAUACAUAUUUAUACGUCAAAUAAUCAAAGUAGAGUCAACUACUGCUGCAGAGAUCGGAUAUGGUGCGCAACUGCAGUGGGUGAUGUCCUCCGAUGCUGAGGACGAAGCUUUGACCGAGGAUCGAAACGCUUCAGCAGAGGUCGUUUUGCCAAACGAUCCUAUGGUCUGGAAUAGCCAACAAAUAGCUGCCUGGUUAAAAUGGUGCGGGGAACAAUUCGAAUUGUUGCCUUUUCCCAGAGCGGAAGAUUUUCCAAAAACUGGCCAUGAACUUUGUUCGUUAGAUAGAACUGAGUUUGACCGUCGAUCACGAAAUAGGCGUUCGGGUCGGUUGUUAUUGCAAUAUUUGUUGUUACGCCGAGAGCCUAUCACUGGAAAUCCAGUUAGUCCCAGCCUUACAACACCAGAAAACGAUCCGUAUGAAGUGGUCAACGCGGCCAGCAGCAGGCUUGUAGCUCAAGCAGCCGCUGGAUCAGGUCAAAUACAACUAUGGCAGUUUCUGUUGGAGCUACUAGCCGACUCUAAUAAUGUCGGGUGUAUUUGCUGGGACGGUCCUGGAGGUGAAUUCAAGCUAAUUGACCCAGAUGAGGUGGCCAGACGUUGGGGCGAACGUAAAUCUAAGCCUAAUAUGAACUAUGAUAAGCUCAGUAGAGCUCUCAGGUACUACUACGACAAGAACAUCAUGACGAAGGUGCAUGGCAAACGGUAUGCGUACAAGUUCGACUUCCACGGGCUGAUGACCGCGUGCCACCAAAACCAACCGCAGAUACCGCCGCAGCCACCGACGCCAUCGUCCGUGGCCGGCCCGCCGUUGCCGUCUACGUCCGAGUUCGGCGGCUUAUAUGGCCAGCAACACGCGUCCUCGUCACCCGUGGCAGGCACGUCAUCAGCCGCGCUGUUUCCGACCACCCCGUCCUACUGGUCCACGUCCGGGCUGCCCGCCCUGUAUCAGCAUCCGGCCGCCGGUCCACGGUACCCGCCAUGACACUGCACUACGUAAUGCGUUGCCCCCAUCCCGUGCCCGUCACAGUGUGUUCAUCGUCGUCCGAGUGAUCCGUUCCGGAACGACAUUACCGACAGCGACAACAACCACAACAAUAACAACAACAACAACAAUAACGACGACAACAAUAACAGUCCACUGCGAUAUCCGUACAGUAAUAUGUCUCCCUCCGUGUAUGGUAUUACAUUGUUUUCGUUUUAGUUCAAUAGAAAUUGCAGCAGGUCACGUUAAACACUCGUAAAUCAUAUUUACAUUUUCAUUAUUUAAUCGGCUAUUGCAAAGAAAAAUGUCUAUGAAAUUACAAAACAUAGCCAUUCAUUGGUAUGUACAUCUAUAGGAAAGUUUGAACCGUACUAAAUCUACUAUCGCAGCAAGAACGACGAUUAUUGAAAAGAAUAUCUAAUUUAUACUAAUUUACAAAUUAGCCAAUACAUUUUAUGGAUACGAGUACUCUUCCUAUAAACUAAUAUAAUAUGGAUCAUUAUGAAAUCGUUUAUUCGAUUUUCAAUCGCGAUACUUAUUAUAUACUAUACUUAAUGUGAUACGACAUAUUGUACCAAAGAAUGGUGGUUUUAUUACAUUUUUAUAGAAAUUAGAAUCUCAAAAGUUACUUUCCCUAGCUGGUCAAGGGGGAUGGAAAAAUAGAUUUCGCUGUAAGUGUUUCUUUUUACUCAACAGUAUUAAAACCAAAAAAAUUCUAUGGCUAUGAUUUAUUUACGCUUGGUAAUGGGUUAUCUUAAUGACGGUGUCACCUAGAAAUAGAACUAAUAACUAUUUAGGUUCCUUGAGGUAUACUUUUCAAAUAUUUACUUAUGUUUUUUUUUUUUUUUUUUAAUGGAUUGCAUUUCAUCAAUUACAUCGAUAAAAAUAACAAUAUGCUGUCUUAAAAUACAUGAUUUAAUACGCAAAAAGUAAUCUACUGUUAAAAUAUUUAAAAUU